AAAUAGUAUCAAUCCAUUGCUACAACAUUAACACACACUCCAAAUUCCCUUUCAAAUUUAUACACACAACCAUGUCAACAACAUUGAUCAAAAUCACAAGCCUUAGUCUUCUGCUAUGGCUUUUCAUGGCCACAACAAUUUUAGCACAAUCUGAAAAUGAACAAGUUCUUGACACAAAAGGAAACCCUCUUGAGAGUGGCAAAGAGUAUUACAUAAAACCAGCUAUAACAGACAGUGGAGGCCGUUUCACUUUGAUUAGCAGAAACACUUCAUGCCCUUUAUAUGUAGGUCAAGAAAACACAGAUCUUGGAAAAGGGUUACCUGUUAUUUUCACACCUUUUGCAAAAGAAGAUAAAGUUGUUAAGGUUGGAAGGGAUUUUAAGGUGAUAUUUUCAGCUUCUUCAAUUUGUGUACAAUCCACUGAAUGGAAAGUGGGUGAUAGGGACAGUAAGAGUGGAAGGAGGCUUAUUAUAACGGGAACUGAUCGUUAUAACUAUUUUAGAAUCGGCAAGACUCAAGGUAUAUAUAAUAUUGAGUUUUGUCCUUCUGUGUGUAACACUUGUAGGUUUGCUUGUGGUACUUUGGGUGGUUUGCAUGAGAAUGGCAAGAUUCUACUAGCUUUGGAUGGUAAUAAGCUCCCAGUUGAGUUUAUAAAGGCAUAAUGUGUUUGUAGGGGAGGGUUUAUCAAUAUCAGUUACUUGUGUUUGUGGUUGUAAUGUAUACUUGUAUCUUUGUUCUUGUAACAAAUUGUUAAAUAAUUGGAGGGUAGAAAGAUGCAUGCGUCUUUUCUUUCUCUUAAGUAUAGAAUUUACCUCCAAAAUGUUAUGUGUAAGUCAUUACUUGUAUUAUUUUGUAAGCAAAUAUACCAUGUAUAGACUAGGCUAUGAGUAAACUAUUCUUGUAUGUAUGGUUUGUAAUGGUAUUUACAAUCAACAAAUAUUACUAAAUCUUACAUUA